AUGAGCGCCAACUUCCAGAAGCUCCAAGCACGUCACCGCGCUCGCCUGGACAAGGCCAAGUUCAGGAUAGCGGUGGUGGACAAGGCGGAAGCGGACCUCGAGAAGCGCGUCGCCGAGGCGCAGGCUUGGUUCCGCCAGGCCCACAAGGACUUGAAGGCCGCCCAGGACGUGCUGGCUAAGCGCAACCUGGAGCUCGUCAUGAAGCAGGCCGACAUCAAGAGGGCCCAGGAACUGACGAAGCAGCAGGCCGCUCAGGCCGAGGCUGCUCGGCACCACCAGCAGGCCGCGCUAAACUCCCAGGAGGAGGACCUUGCCGCUUGCGAGGAGAAGCUCGCUGCGACACUCCACGGCAAGGACGAGGAGGUGGAGCGGGACGAGCUGAAGAGGCAGGCGCUGGAGCUGACGGGGGAGAGGAAUGCGGCCAACGGCGCCUUGGCUGACGCGCAGGUCGCAGUCCUUAGCAAGGCCGGGCUAGUCUCCACGGCCAAUGAGUCCAUCAAGGACCUGAAGCUGAAGCUAGAGGGCCUUGAGGAGACGCUCUCGGAGGCCAAGGCCCGGGAAGGGACCCUAGCCAAGGAUCCGGAGGCCGAGAAGGAGCUGCGGAAGAACAAAGCCGCCAACCACAAGGAUUUUGCCCCCGACGCGGCCACCCGCACCACAGGCUGCGCCCAUGGAUGCCUUGCCCCGACCUCCUCGCUCCGCGCUCACCACAACCCCCCCGUGCCCACGGCCACGCCCGCUCGCUCGCACCUGGCCGCUGGCCGCGCCAUCGCGCUCACCAACGCCGCCUGUGGCCACGCCCUCCCGCUGCUGUAG